UUGCAUACCCUUCGGAUUAGAUAACUGCACAAUAUAACUGCAAUGCCGUAGGAUCUGCUUUCAACCAGAUGCGGGUCUCAUCAUAGCCGAACUGAACCUAGAUGGCUCGGUUAUCUGAGGGAGUUACAUGUCGAACUGAUUUGUUCCGGAUCACGUAUUAACUACACAUCUUAGUUUAAUUUUAGUUUCAACUUUUCAAAACAUGUUUCCAUGUUCUAUUAUUUGUGUGUGUAUCAUUUUAUUUGAUUUAACGUGAUUGUGUUACUUUUUCACAUGUAUGCUCUAAGAAAACACUGAUAGAAUAACGAAAAACACUGAUAUAUGUGUGCUUUCCUUUUCUGUGGGACGUUGCUUAACACUCAUCUUUUCCUUUAUUCUUUUUUUUGUGGGGAACAUCUUGCUUGAUACUUGUGCCCAGCAGACACCUUGCUUGAUGCUCAAGUAAAAUUGUUAUCUUCAGAACAAAUCAUGAACAUUCCCUAAUAGGCUUGAUGCUCAAGUGAAAUUGUAAUCUUCAGCACAAAUGCUAAAACACUCAAUUUUGUUACUAUAUAUACCGCUGUCUCCUGUGCUCAUUUCAUCCAUCAGCGCUGAAUAAUACUUCUCCCUCUUCACGAACUGAGGUAUAACCGACAAAACAUGUUUUGUAUAUUUCUAUUCAGCUGUUUACUUUGUUCCUCUUUAUCUUUUUCUACAUCUGUCUGAUGUUUGUGAACUGACUAAAUAGACAUUACUUGGCUGUUUAAGUAGUAUGCACAUCUGUAUAUGGAUGCAUAGGCAUGAAUUUAUAUGUCAAUUAAUUUGUAGGAUAAACGAGCUACGACGCAGGAGCCAUGGCUUCUGUCCUAGAUGCUUUGGUGCCGUAUGUGAAGAAGAUGAUCACGAACAUGGCAGAAGAAGAGGUCCGUAUGCUGCUGGGCGUAUCUGGCGAGAUCAAGAAGCUGGAGGUCAACCUAGUAUACCUGCAGGGCUACCUUGCCGAUGCAGAGAGAAGGCGCAUCACCGACAAGAGCGUGAAGCUGUGGGUGGGAAGGCUCAAAGAUGCCAUGUACGAGGCCACCGACAUCCUUGAGCUCUGUCAGCUUGAGGCCAUGGAUCAGCGAACGGGGGAGCGAAGCAGGGACGCCUCCAACUCCAGCCGUUUCUGUUCUCUCGUAGGACAGUUGAAGAAGAAGCUGCAGGGUUUCCUCGAACCGUUUCUGUUCUGCCUGCAGAAUCCUGCGUUCGCCCACGAGAUUGGCGGCCGUAUCAAGAAGCUGAAUGGGGACCUGGACAGCAUCCGCAAGGAUGCCGCUGCGUUCAACUUCGUCAACCUCGGCUUCUAUGGGGAGCAGAGGAGGCCGACAGAUUCGGCCAGUCGCAGCAGGAUCAGCAAGACGACCCCAGGGUUCGACGAAUCGGCCAUCGUGGGAGACAAGAUAGAGAAGGAUACGGAGGAGUUGGUGCAGAAGCUAAUCAGCCCCGGCCAUGAUAGCAGCACCACCAAGGUGAAGGUGGUAUCUAUCGUUGGCCCAGGCGGCAUGGGCAAGAGCACCCUCGCCAAGAAGAUCUUUGCACAGGAGGCAAUCAAAGAGGAGUUCAUAACCAGGAUAUGGCUGAGUGUCACUCAACACUUCGACAAGGCAGAGCUGCUGAGAGCCGCCAUCACGCAUGCUGGUGGCAAGCAUGGUGAUGAGAAGGACGAGUCCAUACUUGAGAAGAACCUCACUGACGCCCUGUCGGCAAACAAAUUCCUGCUUAUCUUGGAUGACUUGUGGAGUGACGGAGCAUGGAAGGAGGUGUUCCAAGUCCCCGUCGUUAAUGCGGGUCGUAGACAACCAGGGAGCCGCGUCCUGGUCACCACAAGAAAUGAAGACGUCGUUCUGAAGAUGGGAGCCCCCAGCAGUGAGCAACUCCAUGUCAGCAAACUAGAUGAUGGAGAUGCCUGGCGCUUGCUGAAAAAACAGCUGCCACAACCAGAGGACGGGAGCGAGAGUGAUUUUGAUCAGCUAAAAGAUGUUGGGAUGAAGAUUAUUAAACAAUGUGAUGGUUUACCACUUGCUAUUAAAGUGAUGGGAGGACUUUUAAGCACAAGACGCCCAAGUGAACGUGAAUGGGAAAUUGUUCUGAACAAGAAUCUUGAAUGGCAAGAAUAUGGGUCACAAAAGGAACUGAACUACUCAGUACAUUUGAGCUACGACGAUCUGUCUCCAGAGCUUAAGCAAUGCUUUCUAUACUACUCACUUUUCCCUAAGGGUUCAGAUUUUAUAGAGGAUAUAGCUAUUAGCAUGUGGAUUAGUGAGGGGUUUGUUCAACCUGAUGAGAGGUCAGAGUCAAGCCAACUAGAUCUAGAAGAAAUAGGAGUUGAGUACCAUCGUGAGUUAGUCGCUAGGAACCUGUUAGAGCCCGAUGAGUCAAGUGAGAGCGGAUGGGUCUAUGUCAUGCACGAUGUUGUCCGUUCCUUUGCUCAAUUUGUGGCUAGGGAAGAAGCACUUGUGGUUCUGAAAGAGCAAACUGACAUUAGAGGUCUUCUGUCACAUAACGAGAAAAUCCGUCGUUUAUCAAUCAAACUGACUGAUUCAGUACUAGAGUGGAAUAUACUAGAAAAGCUGGAGUCACUAAGGACAUUAGUUAUAGCCUGCAACUUUAAGCCUGGUGGUGGUUAUUCACUUGCCAGUUUUGCUAGUUUACGGGCACUGGAUAUAAGCUUUGCAGAUUGUGACUGGUUGGUUGGCUAUUUGUGUCAGCUGAGGCACCUAAGAUACUUGUCAUUCACUGCCACAGAUAUUUCUAGGCUGCCACAUGACAUCCAUGAGAUGAAGUUCCUCGAGCACAUUGGACUAUUCAAUUGUACAAAGCUGAACAAGCUUCCUGACAGCAUUACAAAACUGGGGCGUCUAAGGUAUAUUUCCUUAGAUGGGUCCAAUGUUGAUGUUGUACCGAAGGGGUUCGGUGGGUUAACAAAUUUGAGGUCAGUUUAUGGGUUUCCAGCAAACAUGAUUGGAGACUGGUGCAGUUUAGAAGAAUUAGAGCCUCUUUCUCAUCUUAGGACUCUUAAAAUACAAGGUCUAGAAAAUGUGCCUGAUGGUUCAGUUGCCGCAAGGGCCAUGAUUAGCAACAAGAAACAUCUAACCUUUUUAGACUUGGUUUGCCACAAGAAUGAGGAGGAAGAGGAAGAGAAAGAGGAGGAAGGAGGAGGCCAGCUUAAGGAAAAAGACCUGGAGCAAAUCGAGGCGGUAUUCGAUGAGCUCUGCCCUCCACCUUACUUGGAGGAUCUAUUCUUGUCAGGAUUCUUUGGUCGUCGGCUACCAAACUGGAUGUGGACGCCCAGUGCAACGGCCUUCAAGAGCUUGCUUGGUAUUACUCUAACGCGUAUGAAAUACUGCACCCAACUACCCAAUGGUUUGCGUGGGAUCCUCAGUUUGGAAAAACUGGUGAUCGACUAUGCUCCAUCCAUUGAGCUUGUUGGGCCUGAAUUUCAAACACUUGCAAGUGGAGUUGGCAGUGGUGCCAUUGUUACAAGACCAUUCCCUAAACUGAGGAUCCUGGAGCUCCAUGGUAUGUUUAGAUGGAUGAAGUGGGACUGGGAGGAGGAGGGCAAAGUCAUGGCCAUGCCUGCCCUAGAUAAUCUUAGUAUCACGGGUUGCAUGCUCACCCAUCUUCCCUCAGGACUUGCUACCAGCGACAGGUAUAACCUCAGAACACUCUACCUGAGCGAGCUCAGCAUGUUAGCAUCUCUGGAGAAUUUCCCUUCGGUUGUGGAGCUCGAUGUGCUCUACUGCCCCAAGCUCAAGAAGAUCACCGGCCUCUCCAUGCUGCGGAAGGUAACCAUCAUUGGUUGCCCGGAGCUGGAGGUGCUGGAAGGUGUCAUGGUGCUCCGUAGCAUGCUGCUGGAUGAUGAGCCAUGGGAGAUUUUCGGUACACCUGCAAGGUGUACACCCAAGGGAUAUCAAGCUGGAUCGCAGGGUCAGUUCCCACAACAUCUUACUAUUAUCAGGUAG